AUGGCUGAGCCUGCCCAGCCUGAGCUCAGCGCGGCUAUGUCCCCGACGGGGAUCAAGCAAGAGCCCAGCCAUGAGGCUGAUAUCCUCGAGGGUCUUGAUCUUGACCUUGAAUCCAUCAUGCAAGCCGCGACCAAGCGACCGUUUGAAGUCGAGGACCAAUCUAACGAAGACGACCCGAACAAACGAGUAAAGACUGAAACCGAACCUGUCCAACAAAACACGCUCGAAAUCGACCAAGGUGCCGAAGAGUCGUUAGAAGAUGGCCUUGCAAUGCUCGUGCAGAAUGCGCUUAACAAUGCCAACGACUUUAUGUUUGACCCAACCACCGAUCAAAUGGACAUUGAUGGUAUAACCGAUCAUCCACUUCCACCGCCUCCUCCGCCAUCUUCGCCUUCGGUUACGUUCUUUUCCGACCCUCAAAAGUACUUGCGCAAAGUCAGCCGGCAUGCGCUGGGUAAUAUGGCACUUUCCGUUCUCUUGUUAUUCUCGCAAUCCUUCGACGACUCGAUCAAGCCAAUUCAAGAUGCCGAUUCGCAACACGCCAAAUCUUUCCGAGAUCUUCAGUCAUCUUUCGCGCAAAUUAAGCAGAUCUACUCGUCGGACCCCAUCCUAUCUGCAGACGAGCCAGACCUUCAAGACCACGAAUCCCGUACCAUUCUCGAUCUAGCGAACCUUGCUCAAUUCUGCAUUUGGCUAUUGCAAACCACGCCGUCAUACACCGAAGCUCAUCAGCACUUUCACGCGAUCUUUCGAGGCCAGGUAUCUGAUCUUGGAUCUGACGCGCUCGAUCUGUACCUCUCGCUCAAGACCCAAGUCGCUAUUGAUGCGCUUGUUUCGAAAUCAGCAGAGCAGUCGAACGAGCAAGUGUUGGAAGAGGCUCUGAUCAAUGGAAUGGAAGAUAAGCUUCGCAGCCUUCACAAUGGGUUCGAACUUACACCUGCCGACUCCGAAUUUAUCACUUCAGUUCGGUCGAGGAAAACAUCGCUUGAAGGAGAGACGUCGACUGAGUCAGCGGUCCUGCGAGAAAAAUACAAGGUCGAUGAUCUACUGCGACAGGUUUCAACAUGUGUCAAGACUCGACUUGCAUUGAUGUCUGAUCUCGGCUCACGACUAGGCCAUCCUAUGCGAUCGAGUGAGGAAACUGCGGUUGACCUCUUGGGUGACGCCGCUUGUGAUGCAACCCUUGACAUGGAAGAUCUUUCUUCAUUCUUUGAAAAGACAACUUCAGGUCUUGUCCAAGACGCCCUGGCUGGCUUGACUGAAGAUACCACAACCACCACAAACCCCAACCCCGAGCCAAACCCCGAGCCAACGCCCGCUGUCACUGAAACUAUUGAACCGACUCCAACAGCUGAGCCCACCAAGACCCCUGAGAAAGAGGCCUCUUCUACGCCUCAGACGAAUGGCAAGCCGGACAUGAUAACAGACUACAAAGAACUGGAGGCACUGGUAGCUGAGAGCACAUCCAACUAUGUGAAGACCACAUUGCAUGGGCUGUCGCCUGUUCCGUACCAACCUACAGUUCCCACGAGCACAAGUAAGCUUUUCAGCCAGAAGUUCUCAAAACCAGAAACUCACCAAAGCACAGCGCAAUCGUAUUUGAAUCAACUUCAACAGCAACAGGCACACAACCCGUAUUACACGUCAUAUACUCAGAGUGUACCCGAACCGUUGCCGCCACCGCCUGAACCGGGGCAUAAUCUGCCACCGAAUCAGACCUGUUCCAGUGCGACACUGUAUGACAAAGCUCGUCAAGCUGCUCUUUCUAAAAAUUCGUCCCACACGCGGAGAGAAGGCCUUCAUUCGACACGCCGACCUUGGACUCAAGAUGAAGAGAAGGCACUCAUGGCGGGUUUGGAUAUGGUCAAGGGACCCCAUUGGAGCCAAAUACUGACAUUGUUUGGCCAAAGCGGGACAAUAUCAGAUAUACUCAAGGAUCGAACCCAAGUACAGCUGAAAGACAAGGCCCGAAACCUGAAAUUGUUCUUUCUCAAGACAAAUUCGGAGAUGCCAUAUUAUCUCCAAGCAGUUACGGGUGAGCUCAAAACGCGAGCCCCUACACAGGCAGCCAGGAAAGAGGCCGAGGAGCGCGCGAGAUUGAGUUCGGAGGAGCAGCGUGCAACGCUUAACGGGAUCAUGACUCUGGCCGGAGGCUUGCAGAACCCAGCGCAGGGACAAGGAAGAGCUGCGGGAACCCCAGUCUCAGCUGUUGGCUCGGGAGUCAUGACGCCUGCUCAAGCAGCGAGCGCUGCCCAGGCUGCGUCUUCGCAGCAAGGACAGGCGCAUAAUCAAGCAACUGCCCACUCAUACAACCCAGCUACCUCAUCGGGAUAUCCGCCAUCGACGCUGCCGCAAUCCAGACCAAGCGUCAUGUCCCCGCCUCAGCAGUCGCCUCAUCAAGCAGCUCGUCCGCAGUCUUCUCAGAUGUCCAUGUCUCCUCAAACACCACGGUCGCAGCUGCCCCAGCAAACCCAUAGCGCCAUGCACUCUCCCGUGCACGCUCAGUCGGCUGCCCAAAUGCGUUCCCAUACAUCGACGCCUGUCGGGCAGCUACAUCACUCUCCACCACAACAACACACACCAACUCCUCAACCCGCCGCCCAACACCAUACUCAGCCUCACUACGCGCCCGCCCCCAACACUCAGCUCACUUACCCCUCGCCUACGCCUCCAAACGCCACACCGGACAUGCAUGGGCAUGCUCACGUUCCAGUACCGGAUGCGCAGAUGGACCAACAUAUGCACGACAAUGCCGAGGAGGCGGCUUUGUUGCAAGGCCUUCAGGCUGCGUUGUAA